AGUGUUUGUGUGUGUUUUCCAACCAGCUGAAAAUGGCGGCGGCCCGGACCGUCGACAGCUCCUAACUUUUAUCGCACAAUAACAAACACCUCAAAGAUACUGGGCUUUUUUCCGCAUAACAUGGGGAGAAACCGUAUCCAGAGGCUACAGACGCGUUAGUCGGGACACAUUACUUCCACCACACCGUCUUAGCGGAGUUUAAACAUAAAGACUAUGGACGAUCCUCACACACGGUACAGCAAACGACUGCGGACGGCUCCGCGAAGGCAGUACCAGGAUGAUGGAAUCUCAGACGAUGAGAUCGAAGGGAAACGAACCUUUGACCUGGAUGAGAAGCUGCAGUGUGAGAGGUUUGGCAGUGAUCUGGUCAAACACAUGGAGGGUAAAGAUUUUACAUAUGAAUAUAUACAGAGAGAAGGGCUCAGGGACCCCAUUAUUUUUAAGACAACUGAUGGGCUCGGUAUACAAAUGCCAGACCCAGAUUUCAGUGUGAGUGAUGUCAAGUUAUUUGUUGGCAGUCGACGGAUUGUAGAUGUUAUGGACGUGAAUACCCAAAAGGGAAUUGAGAUGUCUAUGGCUCAGUGGCGACGCUACUAUGAGACGCCGCCAUCGGAAAGAGAGAAACUCUACAAUGUGAUCAGCCUGGAGUUCAGCCACACCAGGCUGGAGAACCUGGUCAAACGACCAGCAUCAGUGGAUCUUAUUGACUGGGUGGACAACAUGUGGCCUCGUCAUCUGAAGGAGAGACAGAGAGACUCCACUAAUGCCAUUAUAGACAUGCAUUAUCCCAAAGUACAGAAGUACUGUCUCAUGAGUGUGCAGGGCUGCUUCACAGACUUCCACAUUGACUUUGGUGGAACUUCAGUCUGGUACCACAUUCUGCGAGGGGCAAAGGUGUUUUGGUUGAUUCCACCAACGCCUCAGAACCUGGACAUGUAUGAGAACUGGGUUUUAUCGGGAAAGCAGGGGGACAUCUUCUUGGGAGACAAGUGUUACGACUGCCAGAGGAUAGAGCUCCAGCAGGGCAACACCUUCAUAAUCCCAUCAGGGUGGAUCCAUGCUGUGUACACUCCAGAAGAUACUUUAGUGUUUGGGGGGAACUUUCUCCACAGCUUUAACAUCCCCAUGCAGCUCAACAUCUACAAUAUUGAAGACCGCACACGGGUGCCAGCAAAGUUCCGGUACCCAUUUUACUAUGAGAUGUGCUGGUACGUCGUAGAGAGAUACCUCUUCUGUCUGACCAACAUCUCCCACCUCACCCCGGAGUUCCAGAAAUAUUCGCUCGGCAUUGGACUGACUCGAGCAGAUGUCGGAAAUAACGAUCCCCCCAUUAAUGGCACCGAUGAGGUUGACGGUGAGGUUGAAGAAAAGCCGAAGGUAGAAGAGGUCAAGGAAGGGGAGGGUGACGAAGAGCUUGAAAACAAAGUAGGAACAACUCGACCUGUGCUGACGCCUUUCGAACUGGAGGGACUGUGGAACCUUUUAGGGAAGCUGGAAGAGCUGCCAGCUCAUAAAAAGUGCGUCCCUGCAGGAAUCAGAAAUGCUGCAGCGCUGCUGGAGGACAUGAGGGCUGUUCUAAGGGAGUGUGCCGGUGACGACAUCAAACUAUCCUGCACUGGAGAGCCAAUUAUCAAGUGGCCUGAAAGGCCGUCAUGGUACCAGCCCCCCACACCUCCAGCACCUGUUAUUUAUCGUCCCCGCCUGGGUCCGUCUCUGCACAAAUCUAAGCGGUCUACCAAACACACUUCCAUUUCGGCGCUGCGGCGCAGGCGGGUGAGAUGCAAACGAUGCUCUGCCUGCUGCAGGAAGGAGUGUGGGGACUGCCAGUACUGUCACGACAUGAGAAAAUUUGGUGGUCCUGGACGAAUGAAAAAGAGCUGCGUUAUGAGGCAAUGUCUAAUGCCUGCCUUGCCAAACACAGCCCGAUGUGCCGUUUGUGGAGAAGGAGAGUUUGACGAAUCAGAUCCCAGCACUUACUCUUUAAUGGAGUGCACUGCCUGUUCGCAGAUCGUACAUCGUCAGUGUGUAAAGGAACCCGGUGAGGGGAAGAUCAAUAAAGACCUGCCCAGCUGCUGGGAGUGUCCCAAAUGUUACCAAGGGAAUGACUCUGAUUCAGAGUCUUCCAGUGAGGAGGAGAGUGAGGACUCGGAGGGCUCCACAUUCAUGCCACAGUCAAAACGUUCGUAUCAGGAUGACGUUUGUGAGGAAGGUCCGAGUCGAGGGAAGCGAAGCCGACUGCACGGCCGACAAACGGCGCCGCCUCCCUCCCAAAAACUGCUGCUACAGCAUCAACAGAGUCGCAAACGAGAGAGUGCACUGGAGCACAGACUUAAGAAAAGGAUAAAAAUGGAGAGGAGCAAACUUUUAAGAAAACAGUCGUCUUUAGAUCGCUCUCCCCGGUUCCUGAGCUCCAGGAUGCUUUCUCGCUUGCACUCUCCAGUCAGCAGAGUCUCUCAGGGCCAAAUCCGGGGCUCCGCUUGGGCAACUGGUUCGUCUCACAGCGGUAUUCUGGGAGGUAACGGUUUGUUUGGGCAGCAGAAGUCCUCCCACGGCCUGGUGCUUCAUCCCAAAGGAGAGCCCCGCCGGGGGCACGGAAGAGGUGUGAGGCUGCGAGGAGGAGGAGCGGGACGCGGCAUCAGAGGUGAAGGGAGACACCAUGAGCCGGAGGAGGACAGCGAGGACAGCAACAGCAGCAGCAGCAGCAGCACCAACAGCAGCAGCAGCGAGGAAGAGGAGGAGGAGGAGAGCGGGCUGAACAGCGGGAGGGUGGGGGAUAAAGAGAACAGGCCACAGUCGAGGCAAGGGCAGCCCGCCACAGAACAGGUUGAGUGUGGAAGUGGACUGGGCAACCAAAACGGAGGAGAAAAGGACGACGAAGAGGAGGAGACGGAGUAUGACAUUCCAAAAGGGGACAAAGAUGGCUCGUUUAUUAAAGUGACGCUUCAAAAGCCGCCCAGAGCAAAACAGGACUCCUCAGCUAUCGUCCCGAAAUUAGAGGCCGUCACCCCUCAAACUGCAGCUUCUGCAGCAGCCAACCAGAGCAAGGUCCUCCACAGACCCCCCAUCAGAAAUCGAGGGCCUUGUCCGGACCGAAACACAAACCGGGUGACGCCGCCGCGCACUCGGAGCAGACACACAGACUCUCAUUCUUCCAAUCCAGACAGACUGGAAGCAUCAAAACAAACGAGAUCAACCAGACCAGCUAAACUUAGCAACGGGGCUUCCUCCUCUUCAUCGUCUGAGCUUCAUCAUCUCAGAGUCCCCCUCUCCGCCCUGCAGGAAGGAGGGGGGGAAGCGGACAGGGAGAGCUGCGGGGGCGGUCCGAGCUGUGAGAGGGAGGUCUGGGUCUCCGUCUUUCGCUACUUAAACCGAACGGAUCUGUGUGUCUGCAUGGCGGUCUGCAAGAAUUGGUACAAAUGGUGUUUAGAUAAGAGGCUCUGGGCCCGAAUUGACCUGAGCAUCAAGCGCACUGUGACCCCUCAGGCCCUCACAGGCAUCAUAAAGAGACAACCCGUCACACUCGACCUCUCCUGGACGAACAUCUCCAAAAAACAGCUCAACUGGCUCAUUGGCCGCCUGCCUGGACUAAAGGAUUUGAUGCUGUCCGGUUGUUCCUGGUCGUCGAUUUCAGCUCUCUGCUCCACUGGCUGUCCUCUCCUUCGCUCUCUGGACCUGCGAAACGCGUACGGCGUCAAAGACGCACAGAUCAGGGAUUUAGUCAUACCUCCAGGCUGUGACAAUCGCAGCCAGCUGAGGAGCAUGCAGUGCUUGCGACUCGCAGGUCUGGACAUCGGCGACCCCACUCUGCGGCUGGUGAUCCGCCACAUGCCCCAUUUAACUAAACUGGAUCUGUCCCACUGCAACAGCCUCACCGACCACUCCAUCAACCUGCUGACCGCGGUCGGCUCGUCCACCAGGAACACGCUGACCGAGCUUAACCUAGGAGGCUGCAGCAAACUGACAGACACAUGUUUGAAAUAUCUGCGCCGCCUGUCAUGCAUCUCUCUGCUGGACCUGCGAGGCUGCAAAGGAGUCACCAGAAAGGCCUGCGAGGCCUUUAUCUCUGAGCUGUCAGUCAACACACUCUACUGCCUAUCAGAUGAGAAACUGAUCCAGCGGAUAUCCUAGUCGCCUGCCUUCUCUCUGCGCUUUAGUGAUUUGAGAUGCAAAAAACAGAGGGCGCGUCUCUGGACCCGACUCUACAGGGAAACUGGACUGCAGGAGGGGUGGGGUCUGAACUGGAGCGCUUGCUUACUUCACUGGUGUUUGGUAAAGGGAGGUGUUAAAGCAAGAUCAAUACGUCUUACUUUUAUUUUUAUUUUUUUUUCUGUGUACCUACAGAGACGCUCAGGAGCCUUUUUGCUGUUCAUUUUAGAAAAAAUUUUUGGAAAGAGCAUAUAAUUUUUCAUUAACUGGAAUGGGAGACUGAUCAACUAGCUCAGUUUGUCCUGUGGAUGACCACCUCGACUUUUUUUUUUUUUUUGUGAAAAAAGUACCAGUGUUGGCUCUCAUCACAAACUCCUGCCUUUCAGAAUUAGUAAAGACUUUGAGUUGCAUUCUUGGGAUAUAAAUAAUUGAUCUAUUAUGCUAAUCCAUCAUAAAAUCUUAUUUUCAUUGUGACAAAACAGAAUCGCUUCGACUUCAACUACAUUUGGGUGCUUCUAGUAGAUUUUUUUUUUUUUUUUUCUUGUCUGGGUUAAAUUGUCAACAUUUGCUUUAUGCACAACAGCAGCUAUGCUUGGAGAUUCUUUUUUUUAAUCUAAACAUAAGUAAAAUCAUCAGACUACUGGAAUGGCCUGUGUUUACCAUUGUGCAUCCAGCCUUGUAAUUAAAAGACUUAUCGCAGCAGUUGUUAGGGUAUACAUUGUUGUAAAGCUUGAGAAGGUACAAAGACUGUGUGAGUAGGCAAUCAACAUAGUAACAAGACCUCACCCCGUGGAUGGGGCAGGUUGUAAUAAGUGCGGGGGAAAAGCCAAGGAAACGGUGGCAGAUAAAUGGUGCAUUUCCAAACAGCAGUUCAACUUCAGGUGCUAUUAUUUUCAAACACGUAUUGCUUUGUUUUUUGUACAGACAUUGAAAGCAAAAAUAUUGUAGAUGAAACUGCUCCCCGCCCCUCUUUGAUACAAUUUUCUUUUUUUAUGGAUGGGGGGGAAAAAAACGUAGUCACUUUUGUUCACUUGUCUCUGUCUGCGUGAAGAUGCAAGAUUUUAUUUGGAGAAUUUGCUCAUUUGUUUUUGUUUCCUUUAAGUGUUAAAACUCUGAAACAAAGCUCUCCUCCCGGACUGCUCCCCUGGCCAUAUCCCUAAGAAUGAAUAUAAUUAUAUAAAUAUUUACUUUUGUGUAAAUGUGUUGGGUAUUUUUUUUUGUUUGGCUUCCUCUUUUAGAUUAUAAACAGAUUGUGUAGCAUUGUAAUUAUUUUCAGAAGCUUUUUUUCACUUCAUGUUGUUAUUUUUCAAGAAAAAUAAAAAAAAGUUGACAUUGA